AGAAAAAUGCUUCAGUCUUGUUCCAAACAUACAUACAUACACACGCCACGAAACUACUUGUACAAUAUUUCUAAAAAAACUCGGAAUGGCUUUUAAUGUUAAGAAGAUAGCAUCGAAUUUGUUCGUCUUAAUCUUGUAUAGUUCUGUCCUAACUUUUGCUGGAGCGUCUCAUCGUCAGGACCACAUUUUCCCACAUAAGGGAUCCACUACUAAUCAAAGAUGCGAACCAGCCCCCAUAAACCUCCCCCUCCUUCGAGAUUGUCUCUCUUCCCUGGGCAGUGACCCCUACACCUACCUCAUCGACCCCCUCUCGCACCCGACCUACUACGAAGUCGUCAACCACCAAUGGAACACCCGCCACGAAAAGGUCUACCCUCCCGCCUACUUCCUCCCCACGUGCACCUCCGACGUGCAAAAUAUGGUCCGGUGUGGUCUCGCGAACCACAUCCCGCUCGUCCCAAACAGCGGGGGACAUUCCUACGAAUCACUCUCGUACGGUUCCAACUCCACAAUUAUAGUCGAUUUCCGCCUUAUGACCUCCGUGACCCUGCUGGACGACGGGAUCACGGCGGAAAUCCAGCCCGGCGCGCUGCUCGCCACGGUCUACGCGAAACUCUGGAUGGCGGGAAAACGAGGCAUUCCCGCCGGCAUGUGUCUCACCGUGGCCAUCGGGGGCAACGCGCUUGGUGGCGGGGUCGGCUAUAUGGACGCCAUGUAUGGUCUCGCGACCGACAGUGUGGUCGAGUUUGAAAUGGUGACGUCUGCCGGGGACGCCGUGGUGGCGAAUGAGGUCACUAAUUCGGACCUUUUCUGGGCGUUGAGGGGCGUCGGACCGGGUUUUAUUGGGAUGGUGACCUCGCUGAAGAUGAAAACUUUCGACGCUUCGAAUAUCAAUGUUACCUUCGUGUCGAUCCGGUAUGCACAUCUGAAGGAGUUUGUAACGGCGAUGAAUGAUUUGCAAGAGUGGGUCGAAUGGGCGAGGGUUAACGAGCCGAAUAUCCUACUUGUAAGCGGGAUUGGUCAUGAGAACUACACCUCCGAAUUUCCCUACUACAUCCCCGGCUUCGAAAUCGGCUUAUACCACAUUCAAGACUCCACCAUUAACCCCGCCUCAUCCGACAACUUUUUCGCCGGGAUCGAUCUUAUCUUCGGAUCAGGACAUAGUGACCCGAAACCGCGUAUCCUCCCGGUAAAAUUCCCCACCUACCUGGACUUCAUCUCCUACGAUUUGUACUACACCCCCGUCAAUUUCCCCCUCUCGAACGGCACCACCGUUCAAAUUGGCCGCAUCUCCCACCCCAUUUUGAACCAAGAUCCCGCCUUCGCUUAUCCCCCCGUGGGCUCAUCUCCCCAAGCCUUUGAAGCCGUCCAACUCAAGCGGCUCCUCUUCCUCAAGAAAGAAAUGGCGGUGGAGCGAUUUCUUAAAACGAAGUCCUUCUUCGUCAAGAGAAAUCUCACUUUGGACGAGAUUCAAGGCUUGUACGACCUCAUUCAAAAGAUCCCGCUUAACCGGGCCUGGAUUCUGAUUAGUACGGAAGGUAGCCGAAUUUCGGCGGUGGGGCGGACUGAGACGGCGUACGUUCAUCGUGACGCUCUGUUUAAUUUUUACCUGAAUGUGGAAGCUAUUCCGCAGUAUGGCGACCCCUGGGGGGACUUGGACUGGUUGUACGGUUUGUGGGAGGCGGGACGAAGCUUCGAUUCGGGUGAGACGUACCAGAACUACCCGGAUUUAGAUUUGGAUGAUCACUUUGAGCGGAAUUAUGCCGAGAAUUUUGACCGAUUAGUGACCUGUAAGGCGAAGUGGGAUCCGGAAAAUUAUUUUAAUUGGACUCUUUCUCUACCGGUUGUGGUGGAUUAGAAUUUGAUAACAUACAUAUGUAGAAAUUCAUGAGUUGACUAUUAUUUAAGAUUGUAUCUAUUUAUAUUUAAGUUCGACACGUGCGUUUAUCUACAUUUUUAUUACUUUGUACGAAUUUUAUUUGUUUGGAAGAUAUUCUAAAUGAACUCGUAACUGAUUUUAAUAAAUCUGAAAUCUGAGGCAGAGACAUGCACUUAUGUAUUUCUCGAUAUGAUA